UGCAGUGUCAUGCUACUGGUGAACCCCCACAGUGGGAAGGGCCAGGCCCUCAGCCUCUUCACCGGACACGUCCAACACAUGCUCAACGAGGCCGGUGUCCCACACACUCUGGUCAUCACUGAGCGGCAGAACCAUGCCAGGGAGUUGGUGAGAGAGGCUGACCUGUCACAGUGGGGUGCUCUAGUCAUCAUGUCCGGGGACGGACUGCUGUUUGAGGUUGUGAAUGGCCUGAUGGAGAGAGAGGACUGGGAGGAGGCCAUUCAGACCCCACUGGGCAUCCUACCAGGGGGCUCUGGUAACGCCCUGGCUGCUUCUAUACACCACUACUCUGGGGCCCAGCCGGUGUCAAGCGAGGAGCUGCUGGUCAGCUGUGGCUUCCUGCUGUGUAAGGGCCUGGUGUCUCGCAUGGACCUGGCGUCCGUCCACCUGGGCUCCAGCCCCUCCAACCCCACGCGCCUCUUCUCCUUCCUCUCGCUGGCCUGGGGCUUCGUGGCUGACGUGGACGUGGAGAGCGAGAAGUACCGCCACGUGGGCGCCGCCCGCUUCACCAUGGGGACGUUGGUCAGGUUGGCAUCUUUGAGGGUGUAUAAGGGCCGUCUGGCAUACCUGCCGGUUGACGAGGCGAAGAAUUGGGAACCCAUGUCCGCUAAUGCCACCCUAACAGGCCCGCCAGACUCUCUCCUGGUGCCCCUGGACCAGCCGGUGCCCAGCGACUGGGUGGUGGUGCCCGAGGAGGACUUUGUCCUCAUGCUGGCCAUGUACCAGUCUCACCUGGCAAAGGACCUGUAUGCCGCACCCAACUCUACACUUGAUGACGGCCUCAUCCACCUGAUAUACGUCCGAGCAGGCAUAUCGCGCACGGCCCUGCUCCGGCUCUUCCUGGCCAUGGAGAAGGGCACCCACCUGGCCAACAACUGCCCCCACCUGGUGUACACCCGGGUGCGGGCGCUGCGGCUGGAGCCCUACUCGCCAAAAGGGGUGAUCACGGUGGACGGGGAGGUGGUGGAGUAUGGGCCGGUCCAGGCCCAGGUACACGGCGGGAUAGCCACUUUGGUCGCACCGCCGGCUGGCUACCGCCCGCAGAGUCCGAGGAGGCUCCCCUAACCGACCCGGAGACCACCACGCUCGCCCCGGCCGCCUCACUGGCCGAGACGGCGCCGUCGCAGUCCAAGUUCCGGCUGAGCUCCUGCUGGGAGGCGGCGGUGGUGGAAAAGCUUAGGCCAGAGUCCUCCAGCUCUUCAUCCCCGGUGCC